CCCUUUUCAUUUCUCAUCCCUCACACACCUUUUUCCCUCUUACAAAAGAACCUACUUGUCACAUUUACCUACGACUUGCGUUGUCUCUCUUACCCUCUCUCACACGCUCCUCUUCUCUUUUACUACAAUCCAAGAACCUCUUCUUAUAUUUUACUUGCACCCUUCUCAUAAGUAACUUACACACACAACAAAAAAAAAUGCACCAAAAUAACACCACACAAAAAUGCUACUUUACUUUCUCACCGCUACAGAUCUGAAACUCUUUGGAUCUUCAAAACAACUCAUUUUGAUUUCUGGGUUUUCAUAUUUGGCCUAUUGGGUCAUUGAAAAACCAUUCUUUUAAGGAUUUUUUUGAAGAAAAAAAAUGGGGUCUAGUAGUAGUAAAGGUGCUUCUUCUUGUAGUUCAUCUUCUUCUUCUUCUUGUAGUUUGAGAAAGAAUCGAUCGAAGAGGCUUAGAGGUUUUCCUUCCUAUUGUCUUGGAACAACUUCUGGAUCUCGUGACAGUGAUAAUGAUGAACGGGUUUGUGAUCAGAAUAAAGUAAAUGGAAGUGAUGUUACAUACAGCAGUAGCAAUGAAAUUGACUCGGAUGAAGUGAAAUCAGAGUCUUUUAGAAAAGUUAAACCUGAUGGAAUACCUUGUAUGCCUUCUAACAUUGAUCUUGAUGAGUGGAGUCACGCUGAAUCCAGAACCGCGAGCAUCUCGGCACAUGGUUCUUCAACUCAGUCCACAAAUUCUACAAGUCGGUUCCUUUCUCGGUUUAGCCUCAUUCCGGGUAAUAUAAGCUUCAGGCUUAGCAGAACCACCAGCUUAGGGUCAUCUCGGCCUUGUCCUGAUUCUUCGGCAAAUCUUUCUAUUUUUAACAAUGAUGAAGACGAGCUUAGUCUCCAUAAUAGAAAUGAAACUCAACAAUAUAGUGGCGGUAACAUGCUUAAUGGGUCUUUUGUAAGUCCAGUUCCUAUACAGUAUCACGGAGAUGCUUCUAAUAGUUUAAGUUCAAAUGCCCCAAUAUUCGGUUUGGGUAGCAAUUUGUCGAGCAGUCCUACACUGUCUCCUCUCGUAGAUACUGUUAGAGAUGGAUACGCCAUGCCAGAGAUGCCUGGUAUGAACAUGUUUUCUCCAAGAAUUAAUACCGAGACAGGAAAUGCCAUGGAUAGACGGAAUGGAGCUCGAGAACCUGUUGACCGCAAUGUUCGUUUCAGCCGAACUUUAAGCGUUGGAAGGCUUCGCGACAGAGUCCACCGCCGAUCAGGAUUGGCUGACUUCACCUUUUGCCCUCUGCAACAAGAGAGAGAUGCUAGCGAGGAUACUCGAAGACAAGUAGAGGAGAGGGGUACAGGAGUGCCACCAUCUGAUCGAAACGCUUUAAAUUCUCGUACUACAUCCGGAUAUCCUCUACCAAACAGGUCUAGCUCUCCAUUCAGCACCCAAGACCACGAGGUUGAGGCUUCACGAUCAAGAGAAACUAGGUAUCAGGAUCUACUAGAACAUAGGUCCAAUUUCCUCGAACGGAGAAGAAGAAUACGAUCUCAGGUUCGUGCUCUUCAGCGGUUGGGCAGCCGGUUUGAAAAUCUUUCCGGACAUGACAGAUCAUGUAUCUUAUCUGGUCAACAUAGAAACGGUCGUUGUACAUGCAGAAUAAGUAGUCGCGAGAACAAUUCAAAUUCAAACGAUGAUACAAAUGCUAGAGCUAGCAUAUCAAGAAUAGUGAUGUUAGCCGAAGCCUUAUUUGAGGUUCUGGAUGAAAUUCACCAGCAAUCAGUGGUUCUAUCUUCCCGCCCUUCUGUAUCUUCUAUCGGAUCUGUUCCCGCGCCUGCCGAAGUUGUCGAAUCCUUACCAGUUAAAUUAUACACAAAGUCACACAAACAUCAAGAAGAACCUGUACAAUGCUAUAUAUGUCUUGUGGAGUAUGAAGAUGGAGACAGCAUGCGAGUACUUCCUUGCCAUCAUGAAUUUCAUACAACAUGUAUCGACAAAUGGCUGAAGGAGAUUCACAGGGUAUGUCCACUAUGUCGAGGAGAUAUUUGUAUAUCAGAUUCACUCCCAACAGAGAACUAAAGUUGCAAAUUGUUUAUCAGCUGCAUAUACAUUUGUGUAACUACGAAGCAUCAGAAUCAUCUCAACUUUGUAUUAUCAUUGUUGUCAAUGAUUGUUUAAUACAAUUUUCUCAAUAAUAAAUAUCAAACAUCAGUUGAAAUAUAUA